AUUUCUAAUUUUGCUCUUCGGGUCCAAUUUCUAAUUAGGUUUCAUUUUCAUAUCCGAAUUGGGGGCUAGGGUUUCCAGAUUUCGCUUUACAGGCGUUGCGUUUGGGCAAUGCAGGAUUCGGACAGAAGCAAGCUGUUUGUGGGAGGGGUUUCCCGGCAGACUACCGACGAGACCCUCAGGGAACACUUCUCUAAGUACGGAACCGUGGUUAGCGCUGCGAUCGCCAAGGAUGGAAUUACCGGCAACCCUCGAGGGUUCGCCUUCGUCUCCUUCACCGAACCCUCCGCCGUUGAUAAUGCCCUCCGAGAUACCCAUGAAAUCCUCGGAAGAACGGUAGAGGUGAAAAAAGCAAUACCUAGAAGUGAACAAGAACAAAGAGAACAACAUAGUAGGCAGGGGUUGAGUAGGAGUAGUAGGACUAGCGGUAGGAGCGAUAACCAGUUUAGCACAAAAAAGAUUUUUGUCGGGGGGUUAUCAGCUACUCUAACUGAGGAAGAGUUCAAGGGUUAUUUCGAAAGGUUUGGUAGGAUCAUGGACGUAGUUGUGAUGCACGACAACGUGACCCAUAAGCCACGGGGAUUUGGGUUUAUUACUUUUAGUUCAGAGGACGCUGUUGAACAAGUUACACAGAAGAAUUUCCAUGAGUUGUGUGGUAAGCUUGUAGAGGUUAAGAGGGCUGUACCGAAAGAUGGUAGUAGCAGUAGCAGUCACAGCCACUUUUAUAAUGGUAGUGGAAGGGGUGCUUCCUUUGAAAGUUACCAGCACUUAAUUUAUCCACCUGUUAGUCCUAGUUACAGAGUUUUCCCCAGUUAUGGACCUAUUACGGGGUAUGAAAGUGUUGCAGGGUAUCCAUAUCAAGCUGGAUUUAUCGGCAGUGAUUACCCUGCUGGAACAUACAGUGGAUUUGUUUGUGGUGCUGCUCCUUUUGCACCUAGGGGUCCUUGGAUUGGCUCAGGAAGUUCAUUACCUUAUGGCGGUGCAACUAUCUAUCCUGCCUAUUUGAACGGUGGAGUUGGAGUGAUUGGCAUGACUACUAGUGGAUUUAAUGGGUUUAUGGGAACUGGAAUAAAUGGGAAACCCGCUCAACCUGGAAGCACAGGGCGUAUUUCAUUCAACCCACAGUCAGAUUGGUAGAGGAAAUGUACAUAUAAAUUCUUUAGCUUCUGUUGGAAACUUAGGUGUUGCUACUAGCAAAAACACAUUCGACGAGGUAAAGAAAUUCUGAUUGGCUACCUUGUGACUAGAUGUAGAUACAGUGAUAGAUUAGUAACUUUUCUGAUUGAGGAUAUGUUGCUAUUAUUUGUUAAGAUGUCCUUUCUGGGCUGCCUUAUAUAUCCCUAUCAGCUUUCUAGGUCUGUGUUGUUUUUUAUGUUCAAUAUAACUCUAUGAGUACAUAUUUAGACA